AUGUUGGGUGACCAGACGUCACGGUGGUGGAAAGCCAUAAUGUCUAACAAAUAUAAUCUAAAGUGGAACUCCCAUCAUGCCGAGGCAUUUGGGAACUUCGACUUGUUGCGUAACCGAGAGAUGCUCGUGGACAUUACCUUGUCCUGUGGUGGGCAAACCCUAAAAGCACACAGGCUGGUGCUGUGCACAGGAAGUGCAUUCUUCGAGAAGCUGCUUCAGCGUGAUAACAGCAGCAGUCCGAUCGUGCAUUUUCACGGGAUAGACAUGAUGCAUCUCAGGCUUCUGGUGGAUUUUAUGUAUUUGGGUGAAGUGGAUGUUCCCUCUAGUGAGUUGGAGGAAUUCAUUGCUCUGGCUGAUAGCCUGGAGGUGAAGGGCCUGAAAGGAGAGAAAUCAAAAAAAUUUGAUUCCAGUGGUCCCAGUGGGAGACCUGAGUUGCCACCAUCAUUUACUAGGCCUCAGAUGACUAGUGCAGUCCCAUUCACCAAUGUCAGACCUUUGGGUACCCCAUUGAAAUCGAGCACUGCUACGUCAAGUUACCCUACUCCUGGCAAACGAAGGCUUCUAGCUGGAGUAGAUAGUGCAUCUGUAGUACAUGAUGCGAGGCCAUCACUAUCUGCCUUGCCUACACCUGAGAAGAGGGCAAAACCAGAGACUAUUGUACCUGAUAAUCAGGCAUUGGGCAGAGAUGAAUCUCAUUCUGGAACAACAGCCAGUGUGAAGACAGAGGAGGAGGAUGACAUUGAGGAGGUGGAAGCAGUUGAAGAAGACAAUCACCAACCCUUUUGGGCUGAGGAGGAGGGGUUGCCAACAGCUGAAGGUGAUAACAGUCAAAGUUCUUAUCGAACAGAAGGCGAGGAAUUUGAUCCAAACGAAAUCCCCACCAACAUUCCUCCUGAGAUUGCACCUGAGAGUUUGGCACGGGGAAAAGGUGACAUCUGGUCUGGGAAGGAUAUCAGCACUGGCUGCAGGAUAUACUUCUGUACAUACCAGUACUGCACCUAUAAGUCACCUCAUCGCACAAAUGUUGUACAACAUGUGAACAUUCAUACAGGAGAGAAGUUAUUUCAGUGCAAAAGUGUGAAGAUGGGAAGAGGUGGCAUCUGGUCUGGGAGGGACAUCUUGACUGGCUGCAAGGUUUACAUCUGUAUCUACUGCCCUUACAGGUCACCUCACUACACCAAUAUCGCAUACCAUGUACGAACCCACACAGGAGAAAAGCCGUUUGAAUGCAAAACCUGUGGGAAAAGGUUCAUUCAAAGUAGGGGAUUGAAGCAUCAUAUUGCCUUGCAUCAUAGUUUGAGAAGAGGACACGAUGGGAUCUGGUGCGGGCAAGAGAUGAGGACCGGCCUGAAGCUGUUUUUGUGCCCCUUCUGCGCCUACAAAUCGCCACACCGGACGAAUACCGUGCAUCAUGUUUUCUGUCACACAGGCGAAAAACCAUUUCAGUGUGACUCUUGUGGGCAGAGUUUUCGGAAGAGCCAUCAUUUGAAACGCCACAAAUUCACUCACCAUGGGAGAUUUGAGUGAAAAAAUGGGAC